GCGCUGACGCGCGGAGCGGAGGCGCGCGCACUGCGCACUACUCCAAUAAAAGAAGACGCUAAACUGCUUCCGUCCACAUUCUACACCGGCAACACCAAGUGUGCGAGUUCGCAGUGAAUGCAGUCGACGUGGAGUAACACUUUCGAACAUUAAGCUCUAAACUGUAAAGGGAGCAUUGUGGAGAUGAUGGAUUCCUUUUCAUACUGCCUGCUCCCUGCUCUUCUCUUCGUACUUUUACUUGUGCCCAUCAACAGUUUUGAGUUGGAACAGAUAAACACUAGAAAAGCUUCUUCUUCCCAGCAAGUAUCAAGUGGAAACUCCUUGCAAAGCUUUCAAAAUCCAGACCUAUGGCAUCACCCCCUGCAAUCCUCACACCGCCGCCGGCAAGGCGUCUCGCCCACAACUGGCCGCAAAGAUAAGUCACAGGCUGGGAUGCCUCCAACAGGGACGAAACAGUUGAGUCGCCUAGAUGACGAUGCUGCUGGCCUGGAAAGUUUGAGUCAUGGACACCAGGAGCGAAGACCUGCUGGUCUGCAAGAUGGCAGUGAAGGAGUUUUUAUGGGCUUUGGAAUCCCAUUCCAUGACAGUGAUAACCACGCCCCAGGGUCAGGAAGAAAGCACAAGGAACACAAGAAACAUGGGCGCAAAGACAAGAACAAGCAUAGCAAAGGACGCUACACUGAACCAGAGUUCAGUCCACUGAAUAAGGAGGUUGAGGUGUUCGGAGCAAUCCCAUCUAGGCAUCCAAAUGUGGAGGAGGAAGUCCCCUCGAUGACAACAUCCAGUAGCAGCCCUUCCAGCAACCAAGUGACUGCAACAGUGAGCGAGGAGCCUCUUGCAAUGUCCUCGGCAGCCCCACAAACACAGAGGCCUUCAGAGACCCGAGUGAGACCAGAUGGUGAAGUGAUGCCUACGCUGGACAUGGCUCUUUUUGACUGGACGGAUUAUGAAGACCUAAAACCCGAUGUAUGGCCAUCUCCCAAAAAAAAAGACAAGCGCCGAAGUAAGAAUCUCAGUAGUGGGAAUGUCACUAUAGGAAUAGAGGCUGAAGCGGAGCCAUGUGAUCAUCACCUUGACUGCCUUCCAGGAUCUUGCUGUGAUUUGAGGCAACACGUGUGCAACCCUCACAAUCGUGGGCUCAACAAUAAAUGCUAUGAUGACUGCAUGUGUGAAGAAGGUCUCCGCUGUUAUGCGAAAUUCCACAGGAACAGGAGAGUGACACGACGGAGAGGACGGUGUGUAGACCCAGAAGUAGCUAACAAUGAGCAGGGUUCCUUCAUUACAGUCUGAGAGGGAGAGGAGUGUGGGGUCUCCUCGUGCCUUUUUUACUUAAGGACCCUUUGCUUUGCUACAACCUGAACCAGAUGGCUGGGACGAUUCCUCUGUUGUUUAAUAUCUGUAUGUUCUGCUACUGUAAAGACAUACAAAUGGCUUUCAAUGUAACACUUUUUCUAUAUAAAAAAGUGGUUUCUGUGUCUGUUGUUGUUUAACAUAACAUCA